AUGCCCUUUGUCACUGAAACCGUCGGUGGUGGCUGGCACACCUACGACAUCUUCUCCCGCCUGCUCAAAGAGCGCAUCAUCUGCCUCAAUGGCGAAGUCGACGAGACCAUCUCGGCCUCGAUAGUCGCACAACUUCUCUUCCUCGAAGCCGAUGCACCGCAAAAGCCCAUCUCCCUCUACAUCAACAGCCCUGGUGGCAUGGUGACGGCUGGAUUGGCCAUCUAUGACACCAUGACAUAUAUCCGCAGUCCCGUCAGCACCAUAUGCAUGGGUCAGGCUGCUAGCAUGGGAAGUUUGUUGUUGUGUGGUGGUGCUCCGGGCGAGAGAUACACAUUACCGCAUAGCAGGAUCAUGAUUCAUCAAGUCAGCGGUGGAUACCAGGGUCAGGCUUCGGACAUCGCCAUCCAUGCAAAGGAGAUCUUGCGCGUGCGUGAGCAGCUCAAUGAGAUCUACCUGAAGCACUUGACCAAGAAGCACACCAUGGAGGAAAUUCAGAAGUACAUGGAGAGAGACUACUUUAUGAGUGCCAAGGAGGCUCUAGAGUUUGGCAUCGUCGACAAGAUUUUGGAGAGAAGAGAGCAGGUUGGCGAAGGGAGAUGA